UUGCAUUAACCACCACCAUCAGGUGUGGAAGCAGUGUGAGUGUGUAUGUGUGUGUACGCGGACAUCAAAACUAACUCCAAUUAAAGUUAAAUCCCCUUUUCAAGUCCGUCCUCUGUUUCUGUGCUAUUCCUUCCCCCCGAAACAACUCAUCAUCACAGAGAGAGAGAGAGAGAGAGAGAGAUUAUACAUAUACAUAGCGAGUUGAGUUGAUUCGAAUUCUGACGCGUUGCUCUCGCCGGUUAAUUCAAAUUCCGGUCACCGGAGGUCAUCGGAACCCUAACUUUUAUGGACUGAAACAGUUGGCGACGUGGUGAAAGCAUGGCUAUCGCUGACCCCCACAAGUCUCACUCCGACGGGAAGCUGUGGAGACUGUGCCCUUUGUGGCAAUCAGGAACCGGUUCUUCGUCUUCUUCUUCUACUCAUAACCUGAACUCGAGCCACCAGAACGGAGGCGUCUUAUCGAACACUCGCUCUUCGACUAAGGUUUCUAUGGUGGCCAGGUCGAUCCUUCCUACCAGGCGUCGACUCCGUCUCGAUCCUUCCAACAAUCUCUACUUUCCCUAUGAACCGGGUAAGCAGGUCAAGAGUGCUGUUAGGAUUAAGAACACUAGCAGGUCCCAUGUAGCUUUCAAGUUUCAAACUACUGCACCAAAAAGUUGUUACAUGCGACCUCCUGGAGGCAUCCUUGCACCUAAAGAAAGCAUUAUUGCUACUGUGUUCAAGUUUGUGGAGCAACCAGAGAACAAUGAGAAACAACAAUUAGACCAGAAGAGCAAGGUCAAGUUUAAGAUCAUGAGUUUGAAGGUGAAAGAAGGAAUGGAUUAUGUGCCUGAAUUGUUUGAUGAGCAGAAAGAACAAGUAACUGUUGAGCGAAUUUUGCGUGUUGUCUUCUUGGAUGUGGGACGACCUAGUCCUGCAUUGGAGAAACUGAAGCGCCAGUUGGCUGAAGCUGAAGCUGCCAUUGUAGUACCGAAGAAACCUACAGCAGAUACAGGUCCACGAGUUGUCGGGGAAGGUCUUGUUAUAGAUGAAUGGAAAGAGCGAAGAGAGAAGUACCUUGCUCGGCAACAGGUUGAGGCGGUAGAUUCAGUGUAAAUUGCAAUUUGCUUUUCUUGUAAGUGCUGCUUCCGCCUAGAAAGAAUUGUUAAAGCUGCCUUGUAUUUUAAUUUCUUCUGAUGUUCAAUGCUUAAAAUAGAGGAAAAAUAAUGUGACCUUAUGUCAUUGUUAGUGAGAGAAACCAUCUGUUGAUAAUACCCCUUGUUCGGCCUAUAUGCCUUCCUCCUUGUAGAUAAUGGAUUUUCUUUUUCUGUGAAAAUAUAUAUCUCCAAUCAUAUGCUUGCUAUAUACCCAUAUGGAAUAAUUUUUAUGUUC